AGUGCUGCCCUCCCCUCUUGAUGCGCUUCAUCCUAGCCUGAAUUGAGUGUUGGUUGGAAGCGACGGAAGCAACCCGAUUGUGCAAUUUCCCCAAUGGAGGCGUGUAGUGUCACCAGGAUAAUGAGCUUAGGGCAUCUGGACUUGACAAUUUUGCAUAAGCUGCUGGCUCUUUCUCCCGGUUCACACAUGAAAUUCAGAAUAGACCCGCCGCUGGUGGAGACCGAGACCGAGGCCGUGGUGCAAGAUUCUCACAGGAAGUUCAGAAAAGACCCGCCGCUGAUGGAGGCCGAGACCGUGGUACCAAAUUCGUACAGGAAGUUCAGAAAAGAACCGCCGCUGAUGGAGACCAGGACGGUGGUGCAAAUUUCGGACAGGAAAUUCAGAGAAGACCCAUCGCUGAUGGAGGCCGAGACCGUGGUGCAAAAUUCGCCGGAGCUGCCGCUGGAUGUACUAAUGGAUAUCUUUGCCCAACUAGAGAUCCCUGACUUCAUACGCGCUGGCUCUGUCUGCUCCGCCUGGCGCUCCGCGUAUACCAUCCUACACAGCCAGAUUGAGCAGUACAAACGGCGCCAGACACCUUGCCUCCUCUACACCUCUGAGUCUGUUGCUGACAACGUAGCUUGUCUCUACAGCCUCGCCGAAAAGAGGGUCUACAAUAUUACCCUUCCGGAUCCACCCAUCCGUAGUAGGUAUCUGAUUGGGUCCUCCCAUGGCUGGUUAGUUACCGCCGAUGACAAGUCCGAGCUUCAUCUUCUUAAUCCGAUAACUGGCCAACAGAUAGCUCUCCCGCCCGUGAUCACCAUUGAGCAUGUAAAGCCGAUCUUAGACGAUGCCGGUGCAAUUAGUAAAUAUGAGUUGUGGGAUGACUUGGAUGUGGAAAUCCAUGAUCUGGACAAGCUCCGUGACUGCCUCUACUUCCGGGCAUAUGUGUUUCCUGAUCCGUCCACCGGAAGCUACAUUGUGGUUUUAAUCAUCUUUCCAUACCGCCAGCUUUUGUUUGCAAGGGUAGGUGAUUGUAAGUGGACCUUGCUGCCGCCGGGUGAGGACUAUCAACAAUGCAUCCACAUGGAUGGUCUAUUGUAUGCGUUCACAAGAACCGGGCAAAUCGAUGCUUUUGAUCUCACCGGUCCUACCUUUACGAGGAAUGUUACUGCAGAUGAGAUGGAGAAUCACAUCAGUGGGAUGGAUGGGUGGAUGUAUGCUGUUCAGGCCCCAUGUGGUGAUCUAUUGCAAGUUUGCAGGGGUGCUGAAGUCACAGAAGAUAUCAUGCUAGAGACUGAUAAAAUAAUGGUAUAUAAAGCUGAUAUGUCAGCAAAAAAGCUUGUGAAAAUGAACGGCUUGCGUGAUCAUGUGUUGUUUAUUGGCCGCAGUCAGUCACAGUGCCUUAGUGCUGAAGAAUAUCCGCAGCUGAAGACAAACUGUGUUUAUUUCACUGAUGACGAGACAUUUGUUUCGAGGUAUAAGAAUAAUCGCCGGGAUAUUGGUAUUCUCAACUUGGAAAAUGGUGGCAGGGAAGAAGUUGCAUCCGAGCUUUGGUGCAACUGGCCAAAUCCCAUAUGGAUAACACCCAAUAUCACAAGGAUGAACAUGGGGGUGUACAAAUAGUUAAUGUGCUGUAUUUAUUUGAGUAUCUACCUUCUCGAAUGCUAUUAAAGAAUGUCCAAUAGGACCAUGUCGACAAAAUUUUCUAAUUUUGGGGGCAAAUGCUAUGACACAGAGGCAUGUUCUGUUUCUCUGUUCUUCAUAUACCUGGUCUCUUAUAUUUUAUAAAAGGCUUUUAUUCUCUGAACUGUCCAAUAUGUGUUGUUUCACGGUUCACAUACUAUCUUCUACAUUCAGGAUAGUCUAACAUAGAACCACAAUUUUAGAUUUUAACCACAAUGUUCUGAGGUGAUUCCUUUCAUCUAACACGGCCUACGAUUUGGUCGUGCCUAACACAAAAACUAGCAUUUAGACUUCAUAUGUCGGCUCAUACAUGGCACGGAGAUACCAUGCAAGCCCAAGCCUACAUGUCCUCUACAUGCUUGUUAAUCAGUGAUCCACUAACGGGGCAUACUGUGGCUGACGGUAUCUUCUCGGGCUUGUGUGGUUUUCUGUAACACCCAUGGCCUGAUAUGAUGAAAACCUAAUGCGCAAUGAAUAGCCAGUCCCCACAUGUCACAUGUGCAAAUCUCCAAAACUUUGGAAGUUUCAGGAAAUAAAAAAGAAGUAUGGACUUAAUGAUUUGUGCUAAGCCCCCAAAUGUCCUUCCAAGUUCGCUUACAUAAUUUAGCAUGGGCAUUAUCCUGGAUAAACUUAUAAGAAUAUAUGUGGUAUGCUCUGAGCUCAUUACUAACUUGGCUCUAGGACCACCUGUCUCAUCUUGAGAUACCAGUAUCAGUUGUACUGUAAUUCUACAAAAAGAUGAAAUAUAAGCACCAGAAAUCAUUGGGGCGAAGGCCCUGUUCUACAAUGAGAAGAUCCAGUGCAACAAGCGCUUCUGAUACUACCAUCUUCCAGUCAGUUCUGGACCAUUGGAUCCAAACAAAUGGAUAAGAUGAGGUCAAUUAGCUGUUUUUUUUUUUUGCAUUCGCACCCACAAAUAUCAUGUUCUUUGCAAAGACAUCCCAAACCUCUUCCCCAAAGUGCUACCAGGGUUAAGGAAUUCUAACUGCAACUCUGCUGCCUUCUCCUGAUUUGGGCUGCUUUCCCAGUUAGUGCCGGUGCCAGAUCACUGUGCAGGAUAAUGGCAACACACA